GUUUCCUCUAGAAAACUCGCUGCUGCUUUCUGGGAGUUUCAUCAAUACCACUACCAAGAAGAUUGCUCUUACCACUCCUCUGCUUCUGUUAGAAUGCACCGUGGGGCGAAUGGUUUCGCCGGAGCUAGUAACCGAAGACAACGUCACGGCAAGGCGGUGGCUGUUAAGGAGAAUGGUCUUGACCUUUCUCAAUUCCUUCGAGAUCCUUCUCCUGAUCAUCAGCCAGAUAGUGCGGGAAGUCUAAGGAGACAGAUUGGUCAAAUGUUGAUAAAGCAUCAUCAAUCAAUCGAAAGAAACAAUCACGCGCUUCAGCCUGUAUCUCCUGCUAGUUACGGAAGCUCUCUUGAGGUUACGACAUACAACAAAGCGGUAACUCCAAGUAGUUCAUUGGAGUUCCGAGGAAGAGCGUCUAGAGAACCUCAUUACAAUCUCAAGACAUCAACCGAACUUCUUAAAGUAUUGAACCGUAUUUGGAGCCUUGAGGAGCAGCAUGUCUCCAAUAUCUCUUUGAUAAAAGCUUUGAAAACAGAGGUGGCUCAUUCUCGUGUUCGAAUCAAGGAGCUUCUUAGGUACCAGCAAGCUGAUAGACAUGAGCUAGACGGUGUUGUGAAGCAACUCGCUGAAGAAAAGUUGUUGAGGAAGAAUAAGGAGGUUGAGCGGAUGAGCUCUGCUGUUCAGUCUGUGAGGAAAGAGUUAGAAGAUGAGCGGAAACUUAGAAAACGUUCUGAGAGUUUGCAUAGGAAAUUGGCACGAGAGCUCUCGGAAGUGAAGUCUUCCUUGUCUAACUGUGUCAAGGAGCUUGAGAGAGGGGCUAAAUCAAAUAAGAUGAUGGAGUUACUCUGCGAUGAGUUUGCCAAAGGGAUCAAGAGUUACGAAGAGGAGAUUCACGGUUUAAAGAAGAAGAAUCUUGAUAAGGAUUGGGCGGGUCGAGCUGGAGGAGAUCAAUUGGUUCUUCAUAUCGCUGAAUCUUGGCUUGACGAAAGGAUGCAGAUGAGAUUAGAAGGGGGAGAUACAUUGAAUGGUAACAACAUAUCAGUGCUGGAUAAGCUCGAGGUUGAGAUCGAGACAUUUCUUGAGGAGAAGCGUAAUGAAAUACCGAGAAACCGCCGGAAUUCACUUGAAUCUGUCCCAUUCAACGCCUUGAGUGCACCACCGCGGGAUGUAGACUGUGAAGAAGACUCUGGAGGAAGCGAUUCGAAUUGCUUUGAGCUCAAGAAAGCUGCAGAGUCUCAUGGAGACGAAACUAAGAAACCAAACCAACUUAACAAAGACAGUUUGAUUGAUGAAAAGGCGAAAAGCCCGUCGAAUUUCCAAGUUAACUUUGAGGAUCAAAUGGCGUGGGCAAUAUCGAGUAACGGAAAGAAGAAAACCGCCCGAGCUAUUGAAGACGUAGAAGAAAAAGAUGUAAAGCCUGAGAACAGCAACAUUAAGAAACCAGAAGAUGAGUGUGCUACUACGAACAAGAACGAUGUAAUGGGGGAAAUGAUUCGAACACACAGAAGGUUAUUGUCCGAAACUCGUGAAAUCGAUGAAGCGUCUUGCAAUUUCCCAUCUUCUAGAAGACAAGCAAGUCCAGUUCGACAAUGGAUUUCAAGAACAGUGGCACCUGAUCUUCUAGGCUCGUCGGAUAUUGCGAUAGCUCAUGGAGUAAAGGAUAAUACUUUGAAAACUAAGCUCGCAAAGAGUUCAAAGUCGCGUCUUCGGUUAUUCAAAGGCUAAUCCAUCCAGAGUGGUUCGGUCGAAAACGAGAGUUCUUGUUGGAUACACACAAAUCCCUGAGUUUCAUUCAUAUUCAUGUUCUUUGUAAAUCAAACACAUUUAUAUAUUUGUAUAAUCGAUUGCAAGUUUUUGGAUUAUUUGUAAACAUAAUAAGCCAAAGGUGAAGUCUGUUUUUUUCUGUUCUUGUUUCAACGUAUUUACUAUCUCUCACUCCAUAAAUUACUAUCUCGAUAAAUCAAUAAUGUACAA